ACUAGCGCCGAUCCGCCAUUAUUACGUCCUGCAGCCAUCAAUCACGACCACGGCGGCUUUACCUCUGUUCAAUGCUGCAUCAGUACUCCGUACUGUUUCACUGUCAGACAAGCGGAUAUUGCUGUUGUAAGACCCCCUGUCUCUUUAUAUUACGAUUUAACAUCCUGAGUUCAUCCUCUAGCUGGGUUGUACGUCUUUUGUUCAUCCCUCUUCCUCGCCCUGCUCUUCCCCUCACUCCUCACUUGGCUCUGUAAUCAUGGCGGAGGAUAGUUCUAGAGGCGAGGAAUCGCCCAUCACCUUCCACGUCAAAUCUUCAAAUGAUAUAAAAUAUACUUUGACGCUCGACCCGUCGACCACUAUAGCCGAUCUGAAAGCUAAACUAGCUGGCCCCGACUAUGCUGAUGUGCCAGCAGAACGACAACGCCUGAUCUAUUCUGGUCGGGUGCUGAAAGAUGGCGAUACCCUAGCUACUCACAACGUUAAGGAUGGCCAUGCUAUUCACCUUGUUAGGAGCGCCGCGAGCAAUCAGCGCCCAGCCCCCCCAUCUCAAGGUGCCAGCGCUGCAGCGGGAGACCGAACCCGAUCACCGGGCGUGGCAAACGUGCCAACCAACAUCGCGGCCGGGACGGGAAAUAAUCCAUUAGCGGGACUUACAGGCGCAAGAUAUGCUGGGUUUGCGCAGUUGCCAGGUGCUGGUAUGUUUGGACCUGAUGGUGGUAUGGGCCCACCUCCAGAUUCGGAGGAAUUAAUUAGCAUGCUCGAAAAUCCGCAAUUCCAGUCUACGAUGAAUGAAGCGUUACAAAACCCUCAACUUCUUGACCUGAUGAUUCAGCAAAACCCGAUGUUGCGGGAGAUGGGCCCCGGGGUUCGCCAAAUGAUGCAAUCGCCGGCAUUUAGACGGAUAUUGACUGAUCCAAAUGCGAUCCGCCAAAUGACGCAGAUGCAAAGGGCCAUGGGCUUAGGUCGUGGCGGAGGGGCUGGAGUAGGUAGCGCAUUUCCCGCUCCAGGUGUAACAAACACAACCCCCGAGGAGAAUUUGGGUUCCCAGGAUAAUCAGAAUCCAUCUGCCCAUGCGUCCAACGAUGCCGCAAACAUGUUCAACUUGUUUGGCAUGCCGGGAGCUCAAGUUGGUGCUGCUAGCGGAAACCCAUUCGCCGCCCUCUUCGGUGCAACUCCACCAUUCGGCGCAACCACCCCUCCACAAGCACCAGCUGGCGACACUACAGGAACAGCUCGAGAGGGAUCUACGGGAGCCACUCCAACACCAAACCCAUUCGCAUCAUUAUUUAACCCUGCCCUCUUCGGCCAACCUCAAGCCAACCCGAACAACCAAAACCAGCAGCAGCAGCAGCAGCAGCAACCUCAAAACCCCUCCAACCCUUUCGCAAACAUUCAAAACAACCCAUUCCUCCAGGACCCUAAUUUGCUCUCUCAGAUGCUACAAGCACUAGGUGGCGGCCAAAACGCGCCUUCUUCCAAUGUAGACCCAGCCAACAAUCCCCUUGCGGCUUUGUUCGGGGGUGGAGGUGUUGGCAGCCCAGCGCCCCCGGAUACCCGGCCGCCGGAAGAAAGAUAUGCAGAGCAACUGAGACAACUGAAUGAUAUGGGCUUUUACGAAUUCGAGCGGAAUAUUGAGGCUUUGAGACGGACGGGCGGUAGCGUGCAGGGCGCGGUUGAAUAUUUACUCAGCCAUCCAUGAACAUUCCUUCCUUCUUCUGCUUCACUAUUGUGUCUUGCCUAUAUCCCCAGCAAAGCAAGAAUUGCGGGGCCUGCCAUUGUUCAUUAUACUUUAUGUAAUUUCGUUUCUUUUGUUUUCCGUCACGCUUCCAGCAUGUUGGUGAUGCCAACAAACCCGAGUUUUAAGAGAAAAAUGAAAGUUUUUCCAACUAUGAUUCAUUUGAUGUUCUAUUUUUCGUUCUACCUUUUUUUUUUUUUUUUUUUUUUUUUUUUUAAACUCUUGCUGUAAUGCCCUGUCAUCACCACCAUCUUCAUUUUCUUCCUUUACCAUCGCUUUCCCUAUGCUUUAGCCCUAAACCCCCCCCAUCUCUGCUGCCCUAAUCACUACAUCUCGUACCGUUCCGUUCCGUUCCUUGUUCCUCUGCUCAUACUGGUACCUGUAAUCCCUCAUUUUCCCAUGUUUUUAGAAACCAGAUUGUCAAGCUACGCAGGAAUUGCUUUUUUCCAUUUUAAAACCCUUCCUUAAUCGCCGUACUUCAAGUAGAUAAGUUUUGCUCUGUUUCUGAUCCUGCUCCUGCUCCUACCCUCUUCAUAGUGACCGGAGAAAGAGUACAUAUUUUGCUAUAAAAAAUAAAAUAUUAUAAGAAAUAGGAGAAAGGGAAAAAAAAGAAAAAAAAAAAAAAAAAAAAAAAAAAAAAAAAAAAAGAUAGAUAAAAACAUCCAUAAUCUUCUUCGCGUAUAUAUGUAUGUAGCUAGAACCCCUCUUCGGAUUUUGGUCCCCACCCCACCCUAGCAUCGGCGGCGAACAGAGCAUCAUUUCCUAUCUCUCCUAAGACAUAUGUUCAGAAAACACAACACCGCCACCAACAGAACAGGCUGUGAUUUGAAGAUCCAGUAUCCAGUCCCAGGAAAGGGAAAAACUUGUGAAUUUUCUCAAAACGUCUAAAUUGCUGCGUUCACGAUAUCCAGACAAGUGCAGGAAACUGAAAUGACUGGAAACCAAAUAUACUGAGGGCAUGUGUAUAGUAAAUUGACCUUAGUUAAAAACGGAGAAAAAAGGAGAAAAGGUUCAGAAUAUUGCUGCUGCUGCCGCAGUAAAAGUGUAGGAAGAUUCAAGGUUAUCUGUACUCCGUAAUGUAUUUAUGAUAAUCUAGGCUGAUGCAGGAGCAACUCCUACAAAAAGCUUAGCUAUGGAACAAUCCCAGAUGGCGUGAGGUCAAAUAUAACAAACUAGUGUGUAUGUACAUGUACAGAUGUACAGAGGUCGCUUUCAAAAGUUUUAUUAGCGCUAAGAAUUUAACUUGUAAUCCAGUUACCAACAUCCAUUCUCUCUCCUAACCAUAAUUCUGAGGGGGUGAAUGCCUGUGGUGCUUGAAU